GUUGAAACCUAUGCAUCAAGAUUUAAGAAGUUAGCAAAUAGAGUAGAUGCAGGAGGAAUUCCAGAUGCCUUUAAAAUACGAAUAUUCUUAAGUGGAUUGAAUAAGGAAUUGGCAACCUUAGUCACAAUUCAAAAUCCAGCUAAUUUAGAUGCCGCUAUUACUCAAGCUAAAACUGUCGAA